GGAAUAUGGGAAUAGGCCUAGACCCGGACCAACACUUUUCGGAUCCCCAAAGGAGGCCUCGUUUUCGUGCCUUGCUUCCAAUGUCUUGCUUGGUUUUGUUGUAAGGAAGAAACCUUCAUUCACCCUUGUUCAGUGUUGUUCACGUUUGAGUUUGACCCAUCCCACUCUUCUUCUUCUUCUUCUUCUUGUGCAUGGCGACGGAAGCAAAUGAGAGCACAGGAACGAACACCCUUGUGGUGAGAAACCCAUGCUUUGGCCUCCCAACUGGGUGCCCUCAAUGCUUAUCUGCUUACAUCUAUCUCAAGCUCUCUCAUCUUCCCUUCAACUUGGACUACCACCUUAACUACCCUGAUUCUGAUCAAAUUCCAUACUUUGAGACUGGUGACUGUGUGGCAUACAAUGAUGAGAAAGAUGGGAUCAUUGAGUGCUUGAAAAGGGAUGUGGGUGAUUUAGAUGGCGGGGUUUCUUCACUGCCUGAUUGGAUACCAACCAAAGUGAUACUCACCACUUGGCUUGCUGAUGCACUUGAGUAUGAACUGUGGGUGGGAUGUGAUGCUUCUUCUGCUUACAGUAUCUAUUACUCUGAUCUUCCAUGUCCUAUAGGAAAAGUCCUAUUUUGGAAGAAAACUCACUGGGUAAAGCAGAAACAUGGAUUAAAUAAAGACAAUGCUCAAGCAAAGGAAGAAGAGAUUUAUGGGAGAGCUAAGUCUGCAUACAAUGCUCUGUCAACUUGGUUAGGGGAACAAAGCUACUUAUUUGAGAACAGGCCAUCAAGCUUGGAUGCUAUUUUUCUUGCACAUGCAUUAGUCGUUCUUCAAGCUUUACCUGAAUCAUCAACGUUGCGGAUGAAUUUUUUGGAACAUGCCAAUUUAGUGAGAUAUGUUCAACAAUGUAAGACAGAACUUAUAGAAGCUGGUACUUCUUCCAGUGAUCCAUAUUUUCAUGCAGACCCAUCAUCAUCAGCUUCUAGAGGUCGCUCAAAUUCAAGUUCAAAGUCUAAGAGCAGACCCAAAAGAAAGCAGCAAACAAAGGAAGAGAAAACCUUCAGAAGAAGGGCCAAAUAUUUUGUGGUAGCACAGCUGGUUGCUGUUGUUCUUUUCCUCAGUAUCAUGCCUGCAUAUGGUGAUAAUGCUGACAUGGAGUUGGACGAUGACUAUGCAGGCUAUGGUUAUGAUGAAUGAAAUUUUCAUCCAUUUGUUUAUCUCCCACUCAAUGUCAAAGCCUUGUGUUACUGCAUGUUUAAGAUGUGCCCCUUUUUUUUUGUGUAUGAUGCAAAGUUACAAGUACAUAAAAAUAAAAUUAACAUUCACAUCAAAAUUUACUAUUUGGAGCAUCCAUUUUU